AUGAAUCUUGAUGCAGUGUCAACAGCACUUGCUCAAAUUUCAUUUACAAUCAAAAGUUUAUCAAGGAAAAACUUCAAAAGUUCACUUGCCGAAAUAGCUGAUCUCGUAUCAGAACAUGGAUUUGAAGCUGAACGACAUUUAUAUCGAACUUUAAUAUCAUAUCUUGAUUUACAAUCAAUUGAACAAAAUGGUUCAUUAAUAAAACGUUCAGAAAAUAUUCAUUUAAAUUAUUGGUUACAAGAAAUUCCAUCCUUAAUAUCUAGACCGAAUUUUGUAACUUUAAUUUGUUAUGCUUUUGAUACAGCUAUAACGCAAAAAUCACUUAAACUUCCAUCAUCUUCAAAUGAAUUUUUAACAUCAUUAUGUAAAUUAUUUAAAUUGAAUCGUGCACAAGAACUUGUUUUUGUUUUUGCUUUACAAAACUCGACACAUGCUGAACUUCAAUUAUUAGCACACGAACAUAUACAACAACGUUUACCGGAAUUUAUUCGAAUUGCGUCCGAUGAUAAUGGUAUGAAUGAAACAGGUUUAAUUGAUACAUCCAUUGAAGUACUUCAUUCACUUUUACUACUCAUUCGGCAAUACAUAUCAAAUGAUUCAAUAGGACCAUUGAUUAAAAAUGAAGAAUGUGAGAAAUUUCUUAACGUUCUACGAAAAGAAUAUCCACGAGAACGAAUAGGAAAUAAUGGUUCCGUAAUACUUUUACCUUUACUUUAUUCAUCUAACAGUUUAUCAACAGAUCUUACUUCAAAUCAAUUAUUAUCAGAUUCAAGUAAUCUUCCAACAACUGUGUGGCAAAUGGAUGGUUCUCUAGCUGAUGUUAUUCUUGAAAUGGGUUAUAAUUUUACAGCAUGUGUUGAAGAUUGUCGAAAUGCACUUAUUCAUUUUGGUUUACAAGAAUUAAAACCAUCAACAAUUGCUCGCAUGCUUUCCGUUAUGAUUAAAACUCAUUCUGGUCUUAAUGAAAAUACACAUAUUUAUAAUUGCAAUGGUACUGAUAUACCAAUAAAUAAUGAAAACAAUCCUGUGCAAACAUGGAAUGUUGACACAUUUGUUCUUGCUAUUAAUGAUUUAGUCCCAACAGUUAAUUGGAAAGAUGUUGUAAAAGAACUUGAUCAUCCCGGUUUUAUUGUACGUGAUCGACAAGCUUUAGUACUUCUUGUUACUGCACUUCGUCGAGCUUUACCAGUUGAACUUUAUAUUGAUCUACUCUACGGACGUUGGAAUAAUGUCGAAGGACAAUUAUCAUGGUUAGCUCAUGCUAUUCGUUAUCCAGAUGUUUUUUGUUUCGGUGAUCAUCCAGCACAUCCUGUUUUAAUUGAUUGUCUCAAACAUCCACUCGAUGAUACAAAAGAAACAUGGACUUGGCGUUCACUAAAUUUAAUUGAAUGUUUAUUACGUAUUGCUGAUACAGGUCUCUAUUCUACUGUAUUGGAAAUAUUUAGACAUGGAAUACAACGAUUAUUAACAUCUUCUGUAAAUGAAACAUUCGAUAUAAAAUUGAGCGAAACAAAACAACGAUUUUAUGAUAUAAAACGAGAUCCACAUAUUGAAAUAAUUAAUUUCGAAGCAGUUAUUGAAAGACGACCAACAGAAAUCGAUGAAACAUCAUUACGUGUUCUCAAAUAUAAAUCACCAUCUUUUAUAGCAACAGUUAAUUUUCGUUUUCCGCCGAUUCAUACGAAUGAAUGUUGGAAAGUAGGCUUUAUCCAAGCAUGUUCGUAUUUUAUAUGUAUAGUUUUUCUUCUAAUCUUAUUUAUAUUUCAAAAAGGUGAUUUUAUGUUAUUUCAAAAUCAAUAUGGUGAUCUUGGCUAUUCGUCUUGGGAAUUUCCACAAUUGAUGGUUCGUGACGCAUCAAUGAUUAAUGAUAGUUGUGGACGAAAUUUUCCAUGGUAUGGAUCAAAAAAUCAAGGUAAAACAAUGGGAAAUAAAUAUUGA